AUGGAUCCUCCGAGGCCGCGAGCGUCACCCUCGCUGUCGCCGCCACUGCUGCUACUGCUGCUGCUGGGCGGCGGCUGCCUCGCGGCUGCCCGGAGGGACAAGGCGGAGUCCGGCCCCGCGGACGGCUCUUCGGGUCGCUUCGUGAGUCCGGAGCAGCACGCGUGCAGCUGGCAGCUCCUGCUGCCCGGCCCGGGGGCCGCGGCGGCCAGCGAAGUGGCGCUGCAUUGCCAGGCCCCGGACGGGGCGCGCCACCACUGCGCCUACCGCGGGGAGCCCGAGCGCUGUGCCGCCUACGGGGCGCGCCCGCACUACUGGAGGCAGGUGCUGGGCGCUCUGCGCAAGAGGCCGCGGCCCUGCCACCACCCCGCCCCGCUCCAGCCCCGCGUGUGCGCCGGGAAGAAGGGCCACGGCGCUGAGUUGCGCCUGGUGACCCGCGCCACCGCCGCGACCUUCCCCGGGGAGCCCGGGAUCGGGGCCAGGACCCGGGCGCGGCUCCGGCCACCCGCUCCGCGCCCGAGCGCGCCACCCAAGGAAAAGCCUGCAGAGAGAAAGCCCAGAGGGCGCAAGAGAAAGGUCUCCGAUCCCGUCGAGGAGCGACCCAUGGCUACUGGGCCGGACUCCGACGGGCUGGAGGAGAACGCGGAGCUCACCGAGACCUACUGCUCGGAGAAGUGGCACUCACUCUGCAACUUCUUUGUCAACUUCUGGAACGGCUGA